CUUAUAACAAUAUCUACACUAUAUGUUGCCAUAUAUGAUGAUGCAUACAUAUACUAGACUGGUGUAAUAGUUCGCAAAUAAACAGUGUUUAAAUCUUGUUGGAUUGUAAUCUUUACUGGAAGUAAUAAUACAAAUUACAUGAAAAAUAGACACACAUGUGUAACAGUCGUAUACUGUUUAAUACUUCGAAUGGUGGGAACAUCAUGGGAAAUAAUACUUUGUUGUUGAGCAUAAUAACGGAAUUUGAAUUGGCCAAAACAGGAAUAGACGCAUUAAACGUUAACAACUUCUACUACACCGGCGUUUAAGAUUACUGGCGUGCACUAGUUUAUAGUUAAUUGAUUGUGGAUAAACCAAUUUAAUGAUGGCAAAAGGAACAGAAAACAAAGGCCUAAACGAACUGUUUGGUGAAUUUAAAGAAUUAAAGAUCGCCAAUCAUAAGGAUGAUAUUCUUGUGCUGGCAGCCGUUGUGCUCAUGUCAGUGGGGUUCGCCGUCAUCUGUAUGGGCUACAUCAUUCCCCGGGAGUACAGGUUCGACUCCAGCCUGCCCGCCCGAGAGAUGGAGAAGAUCGAACUGCACUAUGUGAAGCUCGCCUACUACCUCGAUGUGAGCAUUGUGGCUGGGAUGGGGUGUGUGGCGGCCGGGGGCGUGGUAGCCACGGCACUCACCGUGUACAGAUAUGUGUCAUCGCGCUCACAACGCGUGUCUAGAGACAGGAAAGACUUAACGUUGCUAAGAGACAUACAUAUGUCCACUUACGGGACAGACAGUCAAAAUGUUCCUUCACAAUAGCCAAUAACGAACUGUAAUAUAAAAAUUCAAAACCUAGAGCAUAUCGAUGAACGUUAAUACGCACGAUAAAUUUGCAUGUGAGAAUUAAUAAACAUGAAUCUUC